UAGUUCCUUCACAAUAGUUCCUUGAUGUGAGCGUUGCACCAAAGAGGUGCUCUGUGCAGCAGCAGGAGCACACGGCCCUGAACCCAAGCCUUAACGACCUCACUGUACUCCAUGACUUGUGGACGAGGACCUCUGUGACCUGUCAUGAGAGGUGUCAUAUCCCCGGCAGUGAACAGCCAGCCAUGGAGCAGCAGGCCCGGGUACUGAGGACUUUCCUGGCCCAGCUGGAGAGACAGGAGGCUGAGGAUGAGGACGCACUGAAUGGAUUUGCUGGGGAGUUCGCUAGAUUGAAAAGUCAGUCAACCAAGUAUCGCACCAACAAGACCUUCCCCACCAAGGCAGCAGACAAGCAGGAGAACAUCAAGAAGAACCGAUACAAGGACAUUGUCCCCUUCGACCACAGCAGAGUAAAGCUCAUUUUCACCACAACUAAAAAUGACACGGACUACAUCAACGCCAAUUUCAUCAAGGGGGUGUCGGGGGAGAGGGCGUACAUUGCUACCCAGGGUCCUCUGCCCCACACGGUGCUGGACUUCUUGCGGAUGCUUUGGGAGUACAACAUAAAGGUCGUGGUGAUGGCCUGUCGAGAAUUUGAAAUGGGGAAGAAAAAGUGCGAGUGCUACUGGCCACGGAAAAACGAGCAGCCAUUUGUUUGUGAGCCAUUCAAAGUUCACUGUGACUCUGAGGAAAAUAAAGGAGAUUAUCUAACAAGGACAUUAAGGGUGACUUUCCACAAUAGUAGUCGAACUUUGAAACAGCUGCACUACAUGAACUGGCCAGAUCACGGCGUGCCCGACACCAUCCACCCCAUUCUGGACAUGUUGCAUGAGAUGCGUUCCUACCAGGCCCACGAUGACGUCCCCAUCUGCAUCCACUGCAGCGCCGGCUGCGGCAGAACAGGAGCCCUGUGUGCAAUCGAUUACACUUGGAACCUCCUGAAGAAACAGAUGAUAACUGCAGAUUUCAACAUCUACGACUUAGUUCAGGACAUGAGGACCCAGAGGCCCUCGGUGGUUCAAACAAAGGAACAAUAUGAUCUGGUGUACAGAACCAUCAAGUUGCUGUUUCAGGGAUACCUGCAGGCCGUGGAUGCACAGAAAUGCAGAAAUGAGGUGACGAUGGUAUCAUGUGCUAUGACGCCUGACUCUGAAAACAAGCUUUCGGACCAGGAGCUGGUUUUGCUGCCUCAGCUGCAGAACCCGCAGAAUGAGGAGAGGGACGUUUCACCACAGCACCACCCACCCUCGCUCUCCACUCCAGAAAAUCUCAUUGCCUCGACAUCUGAGGACGAGCAACAGUGGAACCGACUCCGGGCCUCUCCUGACGCGGGGGUCACCAGCCAGGACCUGCAGGAGGGACCCGGGACCUCUCCCAAACAGGUGCACACGAGCCAGAGCGCCCCCGCAGCAGAGGAGAGGGAUAACCUGCCGUCACUGAACCUUCCACCUUUACCAGACAUCGCCAUUUGCCUGAUGGUGGAGGACCCGUACUUUGACACCCCCAUGAGCUCGCCUUCAUCCGAGGAGGUUCCCAUGGACUCUGCUGGAGACGCCCGACCGUGGAUAGUCAGCCCCGCCUUCACACCCUUGUCUGCUCCAGAACACCCUCCAGAACAUAUCACGCCCGUGUCAGAUACUGAAGAACCUCACAAGGAUGAGGAGGCACCUCCACCGUUACCUGAACGAACCCCUGAAUCCUACGAGCUGGCUGUGGACGCGGAGCCCUCGGAUCCCUGUGAAAGCGCAUCGCUCGUCAUCCCUCACAAUGCUGCUGCUGAGGCUGUCAGGGAGUGGCGAGGCAGGUCGCCCUCACCUGUGCCGCCACUUCCAGAGAGAACGCCAGAAUCAUUUGAGCUAAAUCAAGCUCCCGUUGAGCAGAACUCAGAUGACUCAGCAGCCGUGAACCUGACACGAAUAGGAACGUCUUCAGAAUGGUGCGGUGACUCAAAAUCUGCUUCGAGCGCGACGACGCACGAGACGAAACCUUGGCUGAGGAGUAAAAGUCUGAGAGCAAAAAUGACUUUCUCAGUCCCAGCGGCACGUUUCAGUCUUGUACCAAACACAACAUCAGACCUUCAUCCCGUCUCUCCGCCUCUGGUCCAGAGACCAAUGACUCCUCCGCUGCUUUCUCACAAUGAAGACAGACGGACGGACAGAACCCCAGAGUCCUUCAUCCUCAACACAGACGCCGCUCAGGAGCAACCUGCCCUGCAGCCCUCAGGACAAGCACCUCGCUCUCACAGGGUGGGGGUGUCGGCCGAGUGGGACGGCAGCUCUCAGCCCAAGAAAUUCCUCGAUGUGGUCAUGAGCAGAAGCAAGAGUGUUCGAGCUAAAAGUUCAAAACAAGGUAAGUUGGACCUGGAAGUUGAAGAACAGCAACAUUCAGUGUUUCUC